AGAGCAAUGAUGCUUUGAAAGCUGAAAUAAAUUAGUAUACUUUUUAAGCAUGACAGAAGACAAUGGAGAGCAAUUGUAUUCUCCUGACAAUACUCAAGAAAAUGAAGCAAAUAGUAGUGUUGCCUUAAAGCAAGUGGAUAGUGUGUGUGAGGAGACUACUUGUAUCUUGUCCAAUCAGGCAAACGUGACAGAAAAUACCAAGGUGGUUAUCACUACGAACGAAACUGUCGAGCUUUGCAAUGUUUCUAAGAAACGUAAAGUGGAUGAUGACAAGAGUGUAAAUAAAGCCCACGCUGACUCAGACGACGAAGCGGCGCAAGGCAUAUCCAGGCAGGCUCGCAGGUUGCUUAAGAAGCAAAAUAAGAAGGUUGCCAAAAAGUCACAGGGUAAUAAUGGUCGGCCUUGCUUCAUGCUCAGUCGUGAUUACAACAAACUCAGCAUCAAGGAUCUACGAGACCUUGUCAUCUACUUGUUAACCGAGACUAAAACAUUACCAUGGAUCAUGGUCAAAAACAAAUUCAACAUCGACAAAGUCCUGCUUCUCUAUGUUCCAGGGCUGGAUCCACAGUUUUUCAAUAUCGAUCUUCAGGAUCCAGAGUCAAGUAAACCUAUCAUAUGGACGCAGAAAGCUAAAACAGGAGCUGUAACAGAAUUUAGCCAUCUCCCAAAGUUUUUCGAUACCAUGAAUGUGAUGAAGGCUGGAGGUGACAGAUACAGAGUACAUCCUCCUGUGGAUACGCUUCUUAGUGUACCUUUAAGCAAUUCUGAGAAGACAAAGAGAGAGCAGGAAUUAAAAUCAAAAAAGGACUUGGCCAGAAUGCUUAAGCCAGAAAACUACAUGAUGACAUUGCAGCAAUUACGUGAGCAUGAAUUCCCUCUGCCAAGUUACUUGGGCGAUAAGAAGGCAGUCCAGGAUGGCUGGAUCGAGACAGAGCAGCGUAUUGCAGAGUCAACACCAAAAAAAAUGAUUGCAAUGGAUUGUGAGAUGUGUCGAACAACUACUGGUUCAGAACUCACGCGCAUCUCCUUGAUCGAUGAGGAAGGCACCACAAUCUAUGAUCAACUGGUUUUGCCUGAUAACCCAAUUGUGGAUUACUUGACGCAAUAUUCUGGUAUGACAGCAGAGCGGCUGAAAGGUAUCACAACAAGACUGGUCGAUGUUCAAAAGAAGCUGAAGGAAAUGAUCACGUAUAAUACGAUUCUGGUCGGACACUCGCUCGAGAAUGAUAUGAGAGCAUUGAAGUUUGCUCAUCCGUUCAUUAUUGAUACAACAGUCGUGUAUCAUCAUACGCGUGGACCACCUUUUCGAGCGUCAUUAAAGUGGCUCGCUCAGAAAUGGCUUUCAAGAAGGAUUCAGCAAGGUGGUGACCAUGGGCAUGAUUCAGUCGAGGAUGCUAAAGCCUGUAUGGACCUUGUGAAGCUUAAAAUCAAAGAAGGGCCAGGAUUUGGCGAGUACAAUAGAGAUGAAGAGUCAAUCUUUUCACGAAUGUCACGACACACUACAUCGAGGACCUCUGCGAUUAUCGAUUGCGAACAUGUUUCAGGGCAGGGGAGUGCUACAGCUGUCAUUAAAGCUUCAAGUGAUGCUGAGGUCGUGAAGGCUAUUCCAAAGGCAAUAAAUGAGCACAACUUUGUUUGGGCCAGGCUCCGAGUCCUGGAGAUCAAUCACGGUGUCACUUCAGCAUCGCUAGCCCAAGAUGGCGAAAAUGAAAGACAAGAUCAGAUCGACGAUAUCAAACCUUGUGACAAACCGGCGAGCUCCAUCGAUGUCGAGGUGACUGAUGAGGAGUUGCGGAAAGCGGCAAAGAAUAUUGACCAAAGUAUCGCUGAAAUUGUAGAAUCAUUGCCUGAUAAUACAGCAGUGAUCAUGACGAGCGGACAGGGUGAUCUUCGGGAGGUUCGGCGGUUACAGGCACUUCAAAGCAGAUUUCGGAGGUUGUAUAACACUCAUAGUUUGAGUAUGAUUCCUAAGGAGGAUCAAUUUUCGGAUGAGGAUCAAAAGGCGCUUGAGGCAGCUGUGAACAGGGCUAAGAACGGUGUAUGCUUCUUUAUGGUGAAGUGAUGGAGUAAGAGCGAUUGAGGACAAAAAAAAAAAAAAGAUGAAUAAGCCAGACAUUUAUCUCUGAACUACAUUGCUCAACAUGCGUUGCUCUUGUAAAAUAUGAUCUUACCGCGAUCGAGAUAAUCUCUUGAGUGAAUAGAGGUGACAAGCAAAUUGGGGAUGUUGGUAUGCCAAGCUUGCAUAUUGAAUUAAGGUGAACAAUACCAGAGAUAGACGCGUAGUUCUUUAUGGUCACAAGAAUGGAAUAGCUACUCUCUAGGCUAACUUCAAGUGAAUCAAAUCAGAAAUAGCGCAUAAAAGCGAUC